AUAUUCGGGAAACAAUUGAGAUUGUGGUGCACCCGGAAGUAUGUUAUCAUCCCGCGAGGCCCAUCGUGUGUCGUUCGAGCUGUCCACUUCGGCAGCGGCGCCUGUGCAUGCGGGUUGCUCGUGGAUCACAGUCGGGCUACCUCACCUAUACCACCUGCAGUCUACAAGCUCCUGGGCUGGGCCCUACAUAUCUAUGCCUUCCGGCGAUGCAGAUCACCAUGUUGUCAUUACCGGAGGCUCUAUGCGGUGAUAACAAGUCCUUUCACCGGAUAUGUCCUCGACAUCAGGGUGACUCGAUGUACCUCCUCUUAUUAAAUCUGGGUCAAAUGCCGUUAUGGCUGAGCGAGACGUUGACGGUACCCCUGGUGUCAUCGAGCGGGAGCGUGUUUCCAGAUGAGACAUACAGGCGCUCAGUCACUCUGCUCUCAUCGCGUCCCUUGACGGCGAUGUCAGUCGAGGCCUCAGACGUUGUCGCCGUUACCAAAGAUGUGGUGAACGCAAUCCACGCUUUGGCGCAUGCUAUUCCAGAACACUUCGGUCCCGAGAUGCAGCGGAAGAGAGCACGAAAACUGCGAAUAGAGACCGAGGAAAAGCUUCACGAGCUUAUAGCCAAGGGCCUACCUCGAGAGCAAGUGUACUCAGUUGAAGAAUCCCUCAGAGUACACGAGCAAGCUAGUCCUUUAUGCCAAGAGCUUGAGGAGAAACAUUUCGGAACGAUUAGGGCCAUCCGUAAAGGAAGAAGGACUUGGAAAGCCGCCAAAAAUGCUGAGACUGCACUCAUUCACGCAGAGAGAGAACAUCGAGCCAAGCAGCGCGCGCAGGCUGCAUCGAGGCCUGGGUUGCAGAAUGCGCCAACGCAAAUUCAGGAUAUGUCGGCAGGAAGACGAGCAACGAAUAAUGGAUCACAAGCACAGCUCGGGGUAUCAGACAACGGACCGGAGAGAAUAGCACCGUUCCCGACUCCGCUAUACUCUAUCGACGAUCGGUCAACUCGUGCCGCUGAGGUGUCGGAAUAUGCUGCAGAUUGCCCCUGCUCUUGCACGAGGCAUUCGGACUGCGAUGGAUUUGGGCACCGUAGCCUGGCCGCCCUCCAGCAGUUCCUAGUCAGGGGGUUUGCUCACGAUCAUCCUGCGAUGCCUGUUCCCUCAUUUGUUCCCAGAGAAAUAUUACAUUGACUUAUGCUUUAUGGUUUGGUGGUGCUGUCGUAGUACAUGGAGGUCCUAGAGAUAUUUUUCUUUCUUCGCCGACGUUCUUCUAUUUCCUUAUAUUUCGAUCUAUUUCAAGACAAGCUCAUGUAUUCCAAUUUAGAAAUCGUCCGUGGUUUGCAGCAUGUCGAUUCCUUUAGCAUAUACAUACCCAUGCCUAUGAUACCCACCUCGUGCUUUACUCGUAUAACGUAGAUAUGUCUCUUACUAAUACUUUCGCAAAUAAAC